AUUUCGGCUCGGGCAGUCCUGUGGCGUCUGGACCCUUGCGGCGGCUCUCCCUGUGGCUCUGCCGCUCGCACCCCUCCCGGGGGCAUGUCCGACAAUCAGCUCUCCGCUUCGGAGCUGCGCCAGCGCUACAAGGCAGGGGGCACCGCGACGGAGACGACCAGCUCAGCGCGUCGCAGCUCCGGGCACGCCACGGGGUGCAGGACGAACGCCAAGCCUGGGGCCAGCGACGGCAUCAGCCCGGUCAUCAUCGUCGCCGUGCUGGUCGUGGUCGCCAUCGUCGUGGGGGUCGGGUACAAGAUGGCCAAUCCGAGCUAAGCUCGGUGUGUGAGGGCCGCCUGCUGUCGGUCACCUCUUCGCCGCCCGCGCCUCUCCGGCACCAUCCUUUCUUGUCGAAGGAGGGAGGAAGGGCCAGGAAGCGGAGCAGCUGUCAGGGGACGAGUGCUCCUUCGUAUCCCUCGUUGGCGCCGUCCCGUUCUGCAGCUCCCCUGCCGUGCAGAUACCAGUCCUGGCGCCGCCCGCGUUUGUUUUGCCACCCGAGCAGGGCAAUUCAAGCCAUGGCAUAUCCGACAGCUUGCGAAAAAGGUUCGCGUUGACGUUGGAGCGCCCGGAGGCGGGGAUUCAUCCAGACGCAUCAUACUGCACGCACGCUUCCAUGGUAUUUGGCUUUGCGCAUUACCUUCUUCUGAUACGAUCCGUGG